AUGUCUGGGCACAGAAAAGGUGGUCAGGGACAUGGAAAGGGAGGUGCCAAGAGGCAUUGCAAAGUUCCUCGUGAUAAUAUCCAAGGCAUUCCAAAGCCAGCUAUUUGCUGUUUGGCUCGUGGUGGUGGUAUGAAGCACAUUUCUGGCCUGAUCUAUGAAGAAACAAGAGCUGUUUUGAAGGUUUUCCUGGAGAACAUUAUGCAUGAUGCCGUGACUUACACUGAGCAUGCAAAGAGAAAGACUGCAACUGCUAUGGAAGUUGUUUAUGCGCUGAAAUGCUAG